AUGGAAAGAGUUCAACCCCAUGGCUGGGGGGUCGGUUUCCAUUCGACCGCUACUAGAGCAGCAGGCGGAGGGGCGAUUAGCAGAACCCAAGUUCUCGUGCCAGGAAGGGAAGAAGCGGCACUGUCCUCGGAAGAUGGGACGAUACGCCAGCUGGGAUCCAUUUCAGAUCCUUCCCUUCCAUCUCCAUACGCCCCCACGAUUUCCAACAAGUGCUUAUCGAAGCACCCCCCCCCCCCCCCCAAAGACCCGCCGCCCUAUCACCCUCGCGAUCUCAUUAUCCCGGCCCAUGCAGCGCCCAAUAAGUUCGGCGCUGGUGGAAGUUUGGGCAAUUUGAAUGGCCCGCAAAGCCACGGCCAUGUAAACGGUGUUCAGUCUGCCCCUCUGCCACCUUCCUUUCCGUCGACAAAUGCUCAGGGACAACACAUAUGUAGACGGCGUAGUGCAAAUAUGUGGAAAAAUGGGGACCGGGGCCUCGGGGGCGACCAUGUAUGCUGCAAGAAGGUGGAACGUGUUGAACGGCGGCGGAAGCUAGCAAGGCAACCGCUUGCAGCACAGACUGCGAAUGCCGUGGGGGCAACCCACAACGCAGAACAAACCCCUCCAGGGAAGAUGUCCCGCUCGCACGCACCUCCGCCACCACCGCCCAUACCUCCUCCUCCACCACCCCCUGUAGACGAUAACGAAGCAGACGAUAUACUCGCCGCAGAGUCCGGUUGUCCUUCACCUCCACCAGACCCAGUCCCUCCGCUCGAGGACCUCGUAAGCACACAUUCAGGCGGAGGCGACGCUCUCCUACUCCCAUUCAACGACCCUCUUCGACCACCUUCUUGA